AUGUUUAUCUUGUCGGUACUCACUUCGGUUCUCUGGUUAUGCUCAGGCUUUGUUCUUGGGUUCACCAAUCCUAUACGAACAGGAAGUGACCCUCAAAUAGUCUAUCAAGAUGGAAUGUACUACCUAACCUCGACAACAUGGACCAACGUCAGCAUCACCAAGGCCCCGACCAUCGAAGGCCUCAAGACUGCCGAGUCCCAGCUUAUCUGGUCUGACAGGUCCAAUGCUACCAGGGCGUGCAACUUUUGGGCCCCAGAGAUGCACAAAGUUGAUGAUACUUGGUAUGUGUACUUCUCCGCAAGUAUAUGUGACGAGGGCAAUUGGGAUGUUAUGCUACCAACUUUGAGAGUAUAUGUUCUCAAAGGUGGCAAGGAGAAUCCGUUAUCGGCGGAUUAUGAGAUGCUGGAUGCAAUCAUUCCUCCUAAUUUCAAUGCUGGAAUGCUCGAUGCGACGAUCUUUGAAAUUGAAGGAACCGAGUAUUUCCUUUUCUCUUCUGUCGAAGGACCCAAGAGCCCUGACGGUGCCUCUCUAUGGAUCGCCAAACUUCUAUCACCAACAACAUGCGGCAACGCCACAAUGAUCGCACACCCAGAGUUCGAAUGGGAAAAGUCCGAUUCGCACGUUCUCGAAGGACCUUAUGGAAUCAUCUCCCCAGGUGGAACAACUUACGUGGUCUACGCUGCUGACUCCUGCAACACACCCGCCUACAAGCUCGGCGCCAUGAAAUUCACAACAGGUUCUGAUCCGCUUAGCCCAGACUCUUGGGCCAAGUUACCCAAUCCUAUUUUCGAGACCAAGAAUGGACUUUACGGACCUGCACAUAACGCAUUCUUCAAGAGUCCUGAUGGUACAGAGGAUUGGAAUGUCUUUCAUGCUAAUCUCAACGCGGAAGAUCGUUGUGGUCCCUCUAGAAAGACGUUUAUUCAGCCGCUUAGUUGGAAAGAUGAUAUGAUUGAUCUGGGUGAGCCGCUUCCUGUUGGCACAGAAAUCAAGCCGCCUUCUGGGGAGUGA